AAUUCGAAACAUGACAAUUGAAAAACACAAAUGAUUUUUGUACUGUAUUUGGUUAGAACUCGUCAAUUUUUCACCACCUUCGCGUUUGAACUGAUCGGACUGAAACAACCUCAAUACGGAUAAGUAGCAAAUAAAUUAAUAGAAAAUUGGGAAUACUUCAAGAUAUGGAUGAGGAAUUGUAUCGGGAAUUUACUUGUCCGAUUUGUGCCGACAUCUUCACUAAUCCCAAAGGCCUUCCCUGUCUGCACUCCUUCUGUAGAGAAUGUCUGCGUGUAUAUAUCACCAAACAGCAGGAAAAUAAAACAAGGAACUGUGAGUUUUCGUGUCCAGUUUGCCGCCAUAAUGUUGUGCCGUCCGAUGUUCGGAAACCCGUGGAAGACUGGGUGGAUCAGUUCCCGAGCAACCAUCAAAUCAUUAGCCUCAUGGACAUCAUGGUGCCAAAGAGAAACGAUAAACCCUGUAGACUUUGUUUGAAGCGAGAGAUCAACACAAAAGCAGUGAAUCUCUGUCGGACGUGCCAAGAGGAAUACUGUGCCGACUGUUCAAGGUUUCAUCAGCUUCUUAAGGCCACCAAAGGUCAUAAGCUCUUCCCCCUAGAAAAUAUAUCACCGCCAUCUAGGUCUUCUACGGCGGUGACGACUCUGUCUCUUCCUGAAGACCAUGGUAGCUUAUUCGAGUACACAAUCGAGUGCACGGGCUGCAAACAGCUAAAUGUUACCUCGGAGACGGAUAAUGCUGAGGUUUGGAUAACGGGUGCAGUAUUUUUGGAAGACGAUAAAAUACUAAUGGCAGACAACAGAAAUUUGAAAUUAAAACUGUUCUCUGCAGAUUUUAAAUUUAUAACUGAAGAUGAUUCCUUCAAGCCUUACGAUUUAACAUUGAUGGAUAACGAAACUGCCGCAGUUGGUGAUUCGGGUUGUAUCAGGUAUUGUACUGUAGAAAAUAAUUCAUUAAAAUUGACAAAAACUUACAACAACGAUUGGAAAAUUUAUGUGCCAAAAAUGCUGUCAUUGUCGGGUUACUGUAGAGGAAUAUGUUCCAGUCAAAGUAAAUUAGCCGUGUGCUCUGGUAAAGACUUGGACAAACGAAUCAUUCUCCAGGAUAUAGAAAUUGUCCGCCAUAUUUGGCAAGACAUUGAUGGAAAGAGUCUGUUUAGAGAACCAUGGUACUGUGUGAUGAACGAAGCUGCGUCUUUGAUCUUUGUGGCUGAUGGAGUGGGAAUGGAGGGACACGUGAUCUGCGUCACCACACAGGGUCGGUUCCGGUGGAAACACAAAUUUGAAAUGCCGAGAGGUUUAUGUAUCUGUGGCGAUCACCUUUUGGUUGCAGACAUGAAAGACAAUAGCAUUAAGGUGAUAUCGUUUGAUGGAGAAGAGGUAAAGACCCUCCUUACAAAGGAGGACGGUAUUCAGCGCCCUCAGUGUGUGGCCAUCAACAGGACGGGAGACAAGCUGCUGGUGUCAUCGUGUCCCCCCUACAACAACGACUUUGUGUCUAUAUUUGAUAUGACCUACAAAAAGAAAGAGAAGAAGAGACCGGUGUCUGUAGGGUCUGCUGUUAGGAGAAACCGACAAAGUGAACUCUGUUCUAUCUGCUGAGGCCAUCAUCUUUGGCUUUCUCAAUAAAGAGAUACAAUAUACACGGAGUUGAA